UGAUGGAGGUCAGGUGACCAAGAUCUCGCAUAUCUCAGUUGAAAGCGUCAGUUACGGAGAGCGCAGCGUAAUCAUUGCGGUGAUGGCGAGCAAGACUUUAUUUCUGGCCGCGCUUGUGGUCGUGUCCUGUGUGGACGCGUCUUGGCUCCCAUGGACUCCUCAGCUGCAAGUAAGAAACGAGGAAGCUGUGGAGGUGCCCGGCAACGACUUCAACAUCCACCACUUCAACGCUAGCACCAUUUGCUUGCGACUGUCCACCGCUAUCUCCAUCCAGCUGCAGUACACGACCGCCGACAAUCAGAACGGAACUUUGCAGGUAGUAGUUCCUCGCCUUACAGAAGACAACCUGGAGGGCAGUUGUGGUCCAGACGCCUUUAUCCAUGUGUCUUGGACUCCUGAAGCAACGACAGAAUCGCCGACGACAACUCCUGCGGCAGAGGAACCUACCGCUCUGAGAGUGGAAGAGACAUCGUGGUAUCAGGCCACAGCAUCCGACGUCAACAGCCUUCAUUUCAGCUUCGUGCAGCAGAACGACUCUUACUUCCUUGCAAACAUCGCAGGUGUCAUCAACAUCGUCGACGCUCCCGAGGACUUUCCAGCAGACAGCGCUGUAGUCGAGCUGUCUGUGAGUAACCAGACACUAUUCGAGGCGCCGCUGGGAGUCGUGUCCAUGUGCUACGGAACAACAGUCAUUGAAGCGGACUUCGUCCGCAACGUCACAGCCGCCAAUAUUACUAUGACUGACGUUCAGCUGCUGGCCUACUACGAGGACUCAUUUUGGCCUAAUAAAGUGACAUCGUGCAAUCCAUCUUCUGCAGCGCCAAAACUGGACAGCAGGGUGUCUUUCGUCCUGGGUAUGGUGGGGGCUCUGUUGGUCAACGCCCUACGGUGGUGACCUCCCACAGAAGAAGAUGAGGCAGUCAGGCAGCGUAACGUUCUACGUGAUUUCAAGGCUACCUGAUCCAAUAUCAAAUCCAUCCGAUCAUACCUGGGGCUACAUUCUCACAUGAACUGACUCUACAAAAUUUUGACAGCUAACGACUGUUUAGCUCUAAUUUCUAAUGUUCAUCUAAAUUUAGAGCAAUAAAAUUCAAUAAGCAAUGACACAAUAUCAUGGACAAACGCACAAGGGCUAUUCCGAAAGUAAAGUCCGAUCGGUCGGGAAACGGAACCCACAAUUAAAUCAAAAAUGUUUUAUUUGAAAUAGUUUGCAUCACCAUCCAGGUACUUCCGUACAUAGUCGCCGUUCUCACUUAUACAUCUGUCAUAGCAUUGUACCAACUUCCUAAUACUUUCGUCAUAGGAGGCAACUGACUGUGAUUUCCGCCACUUCUCUAUGCUGGUGUGCAUUAUGUAGUACGUGCCAUAAUGUUGUUUUCAUAGCCAGCGGUUAAUGUGAGCAGAGACGAACAUCAGAGGGAACAGAGUCUAGGCUGUAUGGUGGGUGAUCAAGAAGGAAAUGCAUAACGGGUACGUUGUGAGGGGUUGCAUGACAUCAGGCAAAACCUUGCAGCAGCCACCCACACUUGGUGGGAGACACUAUUGUUCUAGGUAUCCUUAAGUCCUCACUCUGAAAAGAGCGAUGUGACGUGGUUGACAGGCACACUAAAGACAUUGCCGAACGUAUCUGUGUGAAGGUGCAUCACUGUCGUUUCCAUUUCGCGAUCUAUCGGACCGUACUUUCCGAAUAGCCCUUAUAUCAAGAGGUGGCCCAGUUGAACCAUCACAGAUAUUAUUAUUUUGGUUUUGUAUAGAGUAAGUAUAUUGUACUAUGAUAAAAAGCAUUAUUCUUCUGCUUCCACUGUGAUAAAGUACUUGUAAAUGUUUGUUGUUCGUGAAAUUCGUGUAAUGAAACGAAACCAUAUUCUACUGUUCUUAGUAACUAAUACGAAUAUUGUUCUACGA